UUCCCUCUGUCUGCUCUAACAACACCAUGGCUUCUUCUUCUACUGUUUCUACUACUCUUGAUCUUCAUUUCACCAUUUCUCAACACCGGAACAAAAAUCCCUCAGUUUAUUUUCAUCAUUCUUCUCUUAAUAAUUUCAGAAACCCAAUCAAAAAGAGAUUUACAAUUCUCUGUACCAAUUCCCCGACGAAAUCUGUAGAAUCUCAACAAAACCCUUCACUUUCCGAUCAAUUAAAACCCUUAUCUGAAAACUUUUUAUCUGAUAAUCCAAACCCAGAACCACAUCUUCUUAGUAAACCUAAAUCAAUCUGGGUUAAUCCAUCUAAACCCAAACGUUCUGUACUUAACUUACAACGUCAUAAACGUCCUUCAUACUCUUAUAAUCCUCAGCUCAAAGACCUCAGAGAGUAUUGCAGAAAAUUAAAUGACAUUACACCAUUUUCUGAGUCUAAAUUCUUGGCUAUUCUUGAAGAAAACCCACAACCAUUAACUAAAGAAAAUGCGCUUUCAAUUCUUAAUUAUUUAAAACCAUGGCCAAAAUCUUACUUCUUCUUCAACUGGUUAAAAACUCAAGAAGAUUUUAUUCCAAUGGAUACAAUCUUUUAUAAUGUUACUAUGAAAUCUUUAAGAUUUAGUAAACAAUUUCAGCUUAUUGAAGAUCUCGCUUAUGAAAUGAUUGAGAAAGAAAUUGAGCUAGAUAAUAUUACUUACUCCACUAUUAUUACUUGUGCUAAGAGAUGUGAGCUCUUUGAUAAAGCUGUUGAAUGGUUUGAGAAGAUGUAUAAAACUGGUUUGAUUCCUGAUGAAGUUACUUAUUCAGCUAUUUUAGACGUUUAUGCAAAGUUAAAGAAAGUUGAAGAAGUUUUGAGUUUAUAUGAAAGGGGAAGAGCUAGUGGUUGGAAGCCUGAUGCAAUUGCAUUUUCAAUACUAGGUAAAAUGUUUGGUGAAGCCGGUGAUUAUGAUGGGAUUAGGUAUGUUUUGCAGGAAAUGAAGUCACUUGAAGUUGAGCCAAAUUUGGUUGUUUAUAAUACAUUGUUGGAAGCAAUGGGGAAGGCUGGAAAACCAGGUUUAGCAAGAACUCUUUUUGAAGAAAUGGUGGAAUCUGGUGUUACACCAAAUGAGAAAACUUUGACAGCUUUGAUUAAGAUAUAUGGUAAAGCAAGGUGGGGGAAGGAUGCUUUAGAGCUUUGGGAGAGAAUGAAGACUAAUGAGUGGAAAAUGGAUUUCAUGCUUUACAAUACUUUGCUUAGCAUGUGUGCUGAUCUUGGUUUGGAAAAAGAAGCAGAAGAACUGUUUGAAGAAAUGAAGGGUUCGAAGAGAUGUAGGCCAGAUAGUUGGAGUUAUACAGCGAUGCUUAAUAUUCAUGGUAGAGGAGGGAAAGUAGAUAAUGCAAUGGAAUUGUUUGGUGAAAUGCGUGAGACGGGAGUCAAGCUUAAUGUUAUGGGUUGUACUUGUUUGAUUCAAUGUCUAGGUAGAGCUAAGAGGGUUGAGGAACUGGUGAAGGUUUUUAGGUAUGCAGUUGAAAGAGGAAUUCAACCCGAUGAUAGAUUGUGUGGUUGUUUAUUGUCUGUGGUUACAUUUUGCGAAAAAGAGGAGGAAGUUGAGAUGGUCUUAGGUUGUUUGGAGAAAGGCAACCCGAAGUUGGUUGCAUUUGUUAAAAUGCUUGGUGACAAAGAAGUUAAUUUUGAUCAAAUCAGAGAGGAGUUCAAACAGAUAUUAAAUAAAGCUGCAGUAGAAGUGAGGAGACCAUACUGCAAUUGCUUAAUUGAUAUAUGUCGGAACACAAAUCUCCAUGACAGAGGCCAUGAGUUGCUUUACCUGGGAACUCUUUAUGGACUGUACCCAGGUUUACAUUCAAAGACAACAGAGGAAUGGACAUUGAAUCUUAGGUCGUUGUCUGUUGGUGCAGCUCAUACCGCAUUUGAAGAGUGGAUGGGAACUCUGACAAAAAUUAUGAAUCAGAAAGAAGAAUUGCCAGAGGUAUUUUCCGCGUAUACUGGUGCAGGAACACACAAGUUCUCUCAAGGAUUGGCUCAGUCUCUUGAUUCCCAUUUGAAGAGAUUAGGUGUUCCCUUUAGGCAAAGUGACGAAAAAGCUGGUUGUUUCACUGCAACCAGAGAAGAUUUGUUGUCAUGGGUGCAGUCUAGUGUUCAACCCACUGCUGUUGUCCAGUGAGAGGAAGCUUUGCAGUGCUCAUCGGCAAUCAAAUUUUGAACGAUAGAAGGAUUUCUCCAGUCUUCACCAAGAAUCAGUUCUUGAAACCUUUUUGUUUCUCGGCUUAGGAAUGCAGUAUGCACCUAGUAGAGGUGGUUUAAAGUGAUCUUGGGAUUGCAUGAAACAAGGGUGCGGCAAAAUUUCCAUCAACUGUGCGUCAGUCAGUCGUCGCUUCGCAAAACCUUUUUCUUGGGUUUGCAAUCCUUGUAUCCAUAUGAGAAUUUAGUGUAACGUUUGUUAGAGAGCUAUUCAUAACUACCUUUCAGGCUUUCACAGUCAAUGUUUCGAGCUAGUAAAAUCUUGGCUUACGGUAACAAAAUGUUGGAAAUCUUCGUGUUGGGUUUUUAUUUAUUUGUUGGGCAUUCUAUUUUUA